ACGUCUUUGUCCAAAUCGAAUAUCGAAAUUGUAUAAAGACUACAGAUUCAUUCAUUAGAAGAUCAGUGUAUACAAUCAAAGUGAUCAUUUUUUAUAUUUGUGAUGCAAUAUCAAAUAGGAAAUAAAUAUGAAACAAAGGAAUUUAAAUAUCGUACUCCUCAUCGUAGUAUUGAGUUUGCUACAUAAAAACAAUGCGUGUCAAAUGAGUGGUGUUACAAUUUGGGACGUCCCGAUUCAAGAGAGCAUAUUAGAUACGUUUGAAGGAACAUUCUUCAACAGAUCUACAACAAAUAUUCGAGGCAUUAGCACCAUCUUUUAUCGCGAGGGUUUAAAUCGUGGGCCAUACCUAACAGUCUCAUUAGUUGAUUCUGAAUUUACGAUAAGUACGAAUGACGCAUUUAAGGAUUACGAAGAAUAUGAGACGGUGGGGUCAAUGGGAGUGACUGUCACUUUUAUAUGUGAUGGUGGCGGUUCAACAACAACCUUGGUUGUAGGCGUGGAUAUUGUUGACACUAAUAAUAACGCUCCACGGUUUCUGCCAUCAGAUAAUUAUGAGUUCUAUGUAUUUCCACCGGUUCCACCAGGAUAUGCAAUUAGUGGUUGUGACAGCGUCAUUACCGUCAGAGAUAUCGACUUGACAACACACAGGAUUGACUUCGCUAUAGAGGAGAAUCCCUAUGUAGAAAUAUUUUAUGACACAUCUUCAUCCACCCCUAAAGAAUUCAACGCUAUACUGAGGUCCAAGACAUUAAUCAGAUCACUAUCUGAACCAUUAAUGUUGACAAUUACAGGGACAGACGUUGAUGAAACUGGGGACCCCCCACUUACUACUACUGCUUCAAUCAGAAUAGAAGCAGACAGUCAGUUCAGAUUACCAGAUGAAUUACUAUUUUCAAAACCAUUUUAUUUAUUGGAAUAUUCAGAAGAACACGUGAUUUUAAUGAAUGAAACUAUACACUUGGUGCAAGGUUAUGAUGAAGAAGUAACAUUUGAUUACGAUGGGGACUAUUAUAACAAUUUCGAAUUGGAUGUUAAUGGUAAUGAUUUAUCAUUUAAAGUGAUAUCUCCUCUACCUGUUGAAGUAUUUAAUGAACGACAUUUGUUCUUAAGUAUCAAAGCGGAAAGGGAAUUUACAAGUGGGGCUGUCGCAACUGUAAUUCUACAAUUACCGGCAGCUAGAGUGAUAACUUUUAAAGAAUCACAUUGGACAGGAGCUUACAGUGAAGCAUAUGAUGAAGAAUUAUUUUUAAUAUAAUAUGCGGUAAGUCAAAAUAUGAUCAUUAUUUAAUUUUUAUGUGAAACUGACUUAAUUUUAUUUAUAUUUCACGG